CAACUCAACGGAGCAGCCAAGCCGUCGCCCGCGAGUAAGGCGAUCGCAUCUUCUUCCUCUCCAACGGUGGGCCACGCUGCCGCCGUACCAUCCCGCCGCCGUGCCCUAGACCUCACGUUCACCUGUUUUCCGGCUCCACGCCAACCUAUUGAAGAGUGUUGGGAAUAUGCUACAAAGUAAGAGAGCUGGCAAUGAUGAUCUCACAGAAAGCUCCCAUAAAAAUAGAAGAAUCGACAAUGGCGGAGGAGAGACACUUGAUCUGAUAAUGCCAGGUGAGUUUUGUCAGGAUGUCAAUUCAAAAGAACCGAUUGACAGCUUUAGUGACUCCUGCCAAAGUGUCUGGAGUGAGCUCGGUGAAGAAGUUACUUCAAAAUUUUCUAGGAAUGUUGUCUCCAUCACUUUAUCCGAUGGAGCUAAGGUGUUAUUUGCAUGCUCGGGCAUAGCCUUUGAGUCAGGGUUUCAUGUCACAAGGUUUCUGACUUCAGAAAGUUUGGUUAGAGCUUUCAAUGAUAAUAAUAAUAGAAGAGAAGGCCAUGGUAGAUUGGAUGUUGGUGAUGCUAAUCAUCCUUCACUUAUUUUGUUUGUUCGCUUAAGAUAAUUGUAAGUUCGUCACCAUUCUAUAUCCUCUGUUUUAAUCUCAUUAUAGAUAGAAGUGCGUCGCAACGGCGAUGUUGCCAGAGGGAUAUUGGGAAGCUAUCGUUCGGAUAAGGGGAUUGCUGUUGUCAACAUAGUGUUCGUUACCCUUGAUGUUCAUCCGGUAGAUCUAUAUCAUCAGGUGGAAUUUCUUCCCUGUAGUAAGGUAACAGCUGUCGCGCGUGCCGAUUCUGGCACAUUAAUGGCCACAACUGGGAUACUUACUGGCGAUUCAAGCGGAUCUGAGGAUGGUAAAGAGCUUAUGCUCUCCACUUGUAAAAUCUCUAAGGCUUGGGAAGGUGGGCCGCUUUUUGAUUGUGAUGGGAACUUUGUUGGCAUGAACCUUUUUCUGGAUGGCGAAGGAACUUCUUUUGUGCCAAGGAGUAUAAUUAUCGAACGUUUGGAGAAAUAUAUGCCAAAAAAGGAAGUUAUGACGUUCAGGCAUGUAGAAUUCCAGAAACGGGUGCAUCCCUGGCCCUAUUGCAGCUACCCAAGAGACAGAUCUGGGGAUCUAGACUCCUGGAGUUAUCCAAAGCCUUCAGCAGCUACUAUCAGUGAGGGCUUGAAAUUGGUUAAUACAUUCGAAGAGACUUUUGGUGACCUGUAUGAUUCUGGUGAAGGUGUUUGGAGCCAACUCGACAAAACAGUUUGUCAGAACUUAUGUCAAGCUGUUGUCUCACUUGGUUCAUUCAGCGGAGAAACGAGGUUUUUCGCAUGCACAGGCUUAUUUAUUGAAUGGAAUGGAUGCACAAUCAUUCUGACUUCAGCGAGUUUGGUUAGGGAUCCUAACGAUGAAAACAAGAUUGCUGAAAAGUUGAAGAUUAAAGUUUUGCUUCCAAACAAACAAUGCAAAGAAGGGAUAUUGCAACACUACAGUUUGCACCACAAUGUUGCUCUUGUCGGUGUCAAGGAUUUCUGUCCUCUUCAUUCAUUUAGAAUUAAAGAUCCGUUGAAUAGAACUCGUAAAGAUCCCAAAAGAUCUCGUAAAGAUCCCAAUGUAGUAGCUGUGGGGUGCUGUUUUGACUUGGGAGUCUUAAUGGCUACAUGUGGGAGAGGAACCGACUGGUCAGGCAUGCUUGAUUACAGGGAUCUUAGGUACUCCAGUUGUAAGAUCACUAAGGCUGGGAUUGGAGGACCUCUGGUUGACUUUAGUGGGAGAUUUAUUGGCAUGAACUUCUAUGAUAAGAAAAUAGGAACCCCAUUCAUGUUUAGGGACUGUAUUAUUCGAGUUCUGAAACAUUUUGAGGGAAAAAGGACCAUUGAUGAAUCUGGCAGUGGCGGUACACCAAUCAGGUGGCCUCUGCCCAAACCAUGUUGGCGCCAUCCAGAGGAUGAGGUCAAAGAUUUGCUCCCACCCGGCGAUGAGGAAGAAUCUGGGCCGUUCGGAUUCACAUAUUCGAAUGGAGUCAGAGUGGACUACCAUUAGAUGUCAUCCUGCUCUUGCUCUGCUCUACUCUGUCUGAUUCAAUCUGGUCUUGUGUACUUGUUUGUUUGAGCAGUUCAGAGUUGUCUAUCUUCUAGCCAUGUUCGGGUAUUUUGGUGUUUAGCGAGUGAAUGCACGUCAUCCAUAGCUGUAGUGUUUGCUAGUUUCUGCGGUAGCUGAAUAUUUUCCCUGUGUUUGAAAAACAUUUUUAUGUGCAAAC